UGUAACACUUCCGCCGGAGUUUUGAUUGGUUUGUCAUCCACGACGCUUUAACGCGCCGGGAUUUCGGAAAUAGUUUCACACGUGGCGAAGUCCAGCGAAGUUGGAGCAACCCAAGAAGUAAUUACCUAUAAAUAUAUUUGAGUAAAAAGUGAGAUACAGAAAUAACAAAAAAGUAAAUAAAAGUAAUGAAAAUUGAAUAAAGAAAGCAACACUAGUACCGGAUUCGUACAUGGAGUGAAAAUCCCAUGAAGAAGUGAAACGAUUCUAGGUUCUUGAUGUAAAUGUAUGUUUUUACAAAAAUAAAGACACAGUAAUAAUGGCAUUAUCAAAAGAAUUGUUGCAAUGUCUAAAUUGUGACGAAGAGCCUAUAGCAAAGCGUUUGAAAUUUGCUCAUAACGUCUUGCAUGAUACUAAUUUACCAUUCAUUCAUAAGAAUGAUGUUAUUUUGCAAUGGUUAUGUAUGACUUCGCAAAAGGACUCAAGAGUAUGGCAAACGCUGAAUCUAUGCUUGUGCUCUGACAAUGUUGACGGUGGAAUUACAUUAAGGCCAGAAAUAAAAGAAAAACUGAUCGAUUCAUUAAUUGACUCGUUCAAUAUUGGAGUAAAGACAGGCUACUAUGACAUAUUAAUAUGUUGUUGCUGGAUAUUUUCGAAUGUAGGAAUGCAGCAGUAUUUCAGAACCAAAUUGUCGAAGUUUGGACAGUUUUCUGAAUGUUUAUUGAGAUAUAUGUACAAAUUUUUAAAAUCCAACGAUAAAGAAUCCAAGUAUGAUUACGUCAACGAUGUUGCAUUAAAGACUGACCCUUUGACAGAACUGUCCUUAAAGGCUGCAGUUAAUUGCAUAGAAUGCAACGUGCAAAUAUAUAAACAAUCUGCUAAUAAGGACGAGUUUACAGAAAUGUUUUUAAACAAUAUUUUAUAUGCUUUGUGUGCUCAAAUAAACACAAACGAUACAAAUAGAUUGGGAGCAGAAACUCAUAAAUGUCUUCAACAUAUAGUAUUUGGGAAGUUCAGAUAUACUCGGUACAAAGAAUAUGUACUAACGGAUGUAGAAAGUAUCCCAGCAAAGUUGUUCUCAACAUUGAAAAGUAAUAUACUAACGACAAACAUUGAAACUAAUUCAGUAGUUUUUCUGUACAUUUACCGAGCUGCAAUAAGUUCUUAUAAAUACGAUCCUGUGACGCUUGACAAGAUAUUCAGAUAUAUGAUUAAUUCGGCAGGGGCACAUAAAAUUAAAAUUCUAAGCUCUGUUCUUGGAUGUCUAAAUGACAUUGCUUUUGACUUCAACAAUAAAGUUGAAGGCACAACAUUGACAUCUUACAUCGAAGAUAUUAUUGAAGAAUUACUUUCCAAAGAAACGUUAAAUACUAUUGAUCACACUGUUAUUAGUAGAGUUUGUAGUUUGAAUCCUCUUAUUAUCGAAAAUAAGUUACCAGCCAUAUUGAAGAAAAUAUUACCAAUGGAAGGGAAUUCAGAAACUGAAGAAAAUUCUUUGGAGAGUCUCACAAUCGAUAUCGUGGAAGCUAGCAUUCGCUUAAGAAGGGAACAGAAGCUUGUAUCGUGGUUCUUAAUGGCAUUAAAACAAUCUCUGAUGGAAAACAAAAUGUUCAGUGGAAAGAAGCAUGUUAUAUUUCCAUUGAAAUUCAAGUUGAGAUUCACAAGGUGUGUCGAAGGUUUAACAAGUUCCCAGGUCAUAGAUGUUCUAAAAUCUAUAAUGUUUCACUUAAAUAUCGAUUGCACGGAAGCUAUCAAACUUAUGCCUUCGAGUUCAAGUUCUGUGAUGAUAAGAGGGACCAUUGAAUUAUUGGUUGCUUUCUUCAAUGGUGUGCGUAUUGCCGAACAUACCGUCCCACAUACCCUUCAAGCAAAGUUUUUCACAGUUCUUACAGAACUAGGAAAUACAUUGUCAUUAUUAACUGAGAAAAUGCUUUCGUUAAAACAUAAUAACAAAAUUAGCGUUGCAUUACUCUGCGCUAUAUUAUCAUGGAAGGAAAUGUUCAACUUAACAAAACAUUAUGCUUCAAAGAUAACUUUAAACAAAACGAAUUCUUUGCCAUCGUCUGACCUUUGGCAGAAAUUAGUUCAAAGGGUCAUCGAACAUGGGAACGAGAACUGCAAAAUGGCCGUGAAUAAGAUCGUGCUACAUGAUUUGAAAACAUGUGAAGAAGGUGAAAACGAACCACUAGAAAUAUUAAAUGAUUUAGUAGGAAAUCCAACUUGUUCCUGGUAUCUCAUAUUGAAACAUUACCCCGAAAUACUACUAUAUUUAAAUAACGUACAACAAUCAGAGAUAGCAUUGCAAUUAUUUGCCAACGAAACGUUGCAAGGAAAUAAUGGUGAAGAAUGGUUUAUGAUCUUGAGCAAAGAAAGUUUACUGGAAAAUAAAAGUUUUAUAGUCGUUUUGCUGUGUCAAGUGCUCGUUCAUCUUGGAAGAGAGAUCGCCCCAAGUUUUACGAGUUCAUUGACAGAAUGCAUCGAUACUGUAAAAGUGGCAGAAAGCGAGGAAGCUGAUGACUCGGAGAUUCUCCACCUCCUGAAAAGUAUAAAGGCAAAAAUGGAAGAACCGAAAUGGACGUGUGUAGAACUUGAAAGUUCCUGCAACAUUCGGAGAUAUAUAGAUAUCUUGCGACACUUACCCUUGUUACAUUUGUCUACAAAUCUCAAGACUUUAGUGUUUAUAAUUAUAUAUUCCGUUAGCAGAGAGUGUUGUCAAUCUGAAAAUGUGACGACGGCAUGUAACAAAAUAUUAUUGGACGCCCUGGAGAAAAGAGGUCUUGAUAUAUUUCAAUAUAUCAACCCAAGACCACCGAUGAGCGAGUUAGCGAGUAAUAAAGUUUACUCAAAAGCUUUUAAAUAUUUCUUGAGCAACGUCACCUCAUACGCUACCCUUAAACCUCUAAUCACGUCGGAAGAAUGUGAUGCGACAUCCGCAUGUGCUCUAUUAGAGUGUAUAGAAAAUAUAAAGUCAAAGUUGACCUCUGAACAAAAAAUAAUUUUUAAGAAGGUAGAAAGAAAGUUAUGUCGGAAAAUUGUCAAUGCCUUUCCAUCGCAAAUUGAUGGAGUUGCCGAUAUAAGAAAUAUAACGGCGGUAUUGAAAGCUGCUGCUGUAUACAACGAGAUCCGGGACGAUCUUGACGAGAAGAUUAAAGCGGCUCUGAAUUAUAUUUUUCUGAACGAAACGGUGAAUGUAACCUGUCAAGAGAAAGAUCUCGUUCAAGAAGGCUUGGUACUAACGGAAGUACUUUUGAAACAUUAUAAGACCUUAAAGAUCGAAACAGAAGUUGCGGAUCGGAUAUGGGUUGCAACUCUCGCAAAUCCUUACAAAAAUGUAUUAGUUCCUUUACUGAUGGCAACACCGUCCUCGCUAAACAAACUGCUGCAUUUACUACACGAGCAAGUGGCAGUUGGACUACAAGAGACAAACCUGACACUCGUCGACAAUGCUUUUUUCAUCUGGGAUUGCAUCUUGAAUGUUGAUAUGUCUGUCGCACGUAAGAAGCUUCGAUCCACUGCAGUACACAAUCUCUUUUACGUAAUAGGAACUACUCCCAUCUCGAAAGAAUGUUGGUUAAAAGUAUUAACAUUUUUCCGAGGCAUCCUUGUAUCAAAACAUAUGUUUGUUACGCCACCAACAAUAGACCUAAUCAUGCAGAACGCUAUGAAAUCGUUACGAGAAAUUGGUAUACUAGCAUGUACAAAUGUGAUGUCAUUGUGCUUAUCGAUACUAAGAAUUUAUACGAAUUCCAUUAUGGACCGACUUCCCAUGUUGUUGCUGGUGUAUCGAAAGGUAGUGAAAAUUACCAUAAUAGAAUCCCGAAAGGAUCAGAAAUGCUUUGACAACAAACAUCUGAAGAGUAUUGCUCUUGACAUAGAAAGAAUGGCAAUUAGUUUAGUAAAACUGAAAAGAGACAUGACAAGAAUCAGCCCUUACGUUAUAGCUGAUUUUGUGGAGUUCUUCUCCGAGGGAGUCGUACCAACCGACAUAAAGAAUCCUCUAGAGAAUGCUGUGAGUCAUCUUUUUAGUACCUGUGACCCUCAUGCGAUAUCUUGUCUAUCGCGAGCUUUGCCACCGGCCAAGCAAGAAAUAUUUAAAACUUUAUAUAAUACUUACGCAAAGUUUUACAAAUUCACUGGGAAAAUCUAAGGGUGGUAUAUGCAAACGCCGCUUUUUUAUUUUUUUCCCCCUUUGUAUACGAGAUAUUUUGUACGGCACAUAAAUGAUAAUGAAUAAUAAAGCACGUUGCAUAUAA